GGGCCUCGCGGCGGCGGCAACUUCGCUGCGCUCCGCCGCGUCCCCGAGUCCCGGGAUCGGCGCGGCGCGGCAGGAGCAGCCGUUCACCCAAGAGAGCCAUCCACCACAGAUAGCCCAGCUGUCGGCCACCUCUCGAGAAGAUGCUGCGUGGAUGGGGCAGCCCCGGUGGGGGUGUGCAUGUGGGCACAGCCCUGGGAGUACUGUGCUUCUGCUUGACAGGAGCCGUGGAGGUCCAGGUCCCCGAAGACCCGGUGGUGGCCCUGGUGGGCACCGAUGCCACCCUGCGCUGUUCCUUCUUGCCUGAGCCGGGCUUCAGCCUGGCGCAGCUCAACCUCAUCUGGCAGCUGACCGACACCAAACAGCUGGUGCACAGCUUCGCCGAGGGCCGAGACCAGGGCAGCGCCUACGCCAACCGCACGGCGCUCUUCCCGGACCUGCUGGCGCAGGGCAACGCGUCCCUGAGGCUGCAGCGCGUGCGCGUCGCGGACGAGGGCAGCUUCACCUGCUUCGUGAGCAUCCGGGACUUUGGCAGUGCCGCCGUCAGCCUGCAGGUGGCGGCCCCCUACUCGAAGCCCAGCAUGACCCUAGAGCCCAACAAGGACCUGCGGCCCGGGGACAUGGUGACCAUCACGUGCUCCAGCUACCGGGGUUACCCCGAGGCUGAGGUGUUCUGGCAGGAUGGGCAGGGAUCGCCCUUGACUAGCAACGUGACCACUUCGCAGAUGGCCAACGAACAGGGACUGUUUGACGUCCGUAGCGUGCUGAGAGUGGUGCUGGGUUCUAAUGGAGCCUACAGCUGCCUGGUGCGCAACCCCGUGCUGCAGCAGGACGCGCACGGCUCGGUCACUAUCACAGGGCAGCCCAUGACAUUCCCCCCUGAGGCUCUGUGGGUGACUGUGGGACUCUCAGUCUGUCUCGUGGUACUGCUGGUGGCCCUGGCUAUCGUGUGCUGGAGAAAGAUCAAGCAGAGCUGUGAGGAGGAGAAUGCAGGAGCUGAGGACCAGGAUGGGGAUGGAGAGGGAUCCAAGACAGCCCUUCGGCCUCUGAAACCCUCUGAAAGCAAAGAAGAUGAUGGACAAGAAAUAGCCUAAUCGAGAGCUGCUGCCCCUGCCCAGGGGCUCCCACCCUCUGGCUGCACUGGGGCCUCAGUGUGAGCCCUGCCCCUACAGAUGGGUCCUGCUCCAGCAGGUCUACCCAUUCUCCGAAGGAGGUGGUACCUAGUCCACCCUGCAGCCUUAUUUCUGUAAUGCACACGAUUCCCAAGUCAUCCUGCUGCCUUACUUCUCCAGUGACACGAUACCCAAACCAUCCUGCCGCCUUAUUUCUUAUGGAUACAAUACACCAACCACGCCACCUCCUUAUUUCUCCAAAGUCAUCCUGCUGCCUUAUUUCUCCAGUGAUAUGGUACACGAACCAUCCUGCCGCCUUAUUUCUUGUGGACACAACACACUGAUCACCCCACUUCCUUAUUUCUCCAGUGAUAUGGUACACGAACCAUCCUGCCGCCUUACUUCUUCUGGACACAGCACACAGACCACCCCACUUCCUUAUUCCUCCAAAGCCACAUGGACCAUCUGGCUGCCUUUUUUUCUCCAGAGGACACAAUAUUCAGACUACUCCCCUGCCUUAUAUCUCUGAAGACACUACGCAGAUACCUUUUGGCUGGUUUCUCCCAGGAUAAUACACUAGUUAAAUGAAUUCUCAACCCUUUCUCCGACUGGGGUGUGAUUCCGUUUCUUCUGCAUCUCCUGAGUCAAGAGACUGCCUUCUCCUGCUCUGGCCCCAACAUUGGCUUUUUCCCUUCCCAACUGAGGCCAUUUUCAUUUCUUUGGUCACUGUGUGGGCUUCACCACUCAUGGAAACAUCACCAAUUUCUUUGCCUCAGGAGACACAAACCCUAGGCUUGGUUAGGACCUCUGCUAAUGUCCCCACUUUACAGAUGGGGAAGCUGGGGCUCCGGAAGGAGCUGGCACCAGGAAAGGGGUUUUGUAUGCCAUCCUUGGCUGACCCAGUGGAAUGAGGACCAGGCGGGAGGCUCAGAGGUCCAGGCCCAGGACCUCUGUGACCCAGAGCACAACAUUGACCUUCUGCGGGCCUUGGUUUUCUUGAAAAAUGAAAAAUUCAAGAGAAUCACCUUCUACUUGAGUCUGAGAGGUAAUCGUAUCAGGCAAACAGAUUUCCAGAGAAGGAGGUCCAGGGAUGUGGGGUCCACAGUGUCCUGCUUUUCUUUGCCCUGGGAACACAGGUGUGCAGAGGCCUAGGUCUGCAUGUGCUAGAAUGUGAGCGACUUCUCCUUCCUGGUCUUCUGUCUGCCUUGGGCUGUGCCCACCCUCCCCACGGGAAGCAGGUGCUGGUCAUAUUGGUUCUCUAGGGGUCUGUGAGGGCACCCUGGUCAGCUUUUAUAUCUGUGCUUUUCCUGCCUUUGGAGACUGCUCCUUCUACUCACCUAGUAAAUUAAUGUUUGUUGAGCAAUAUAGGACUCAGCGCUGUGUUGAGUGCUGGGGACCCUGUGUAAGAAGCUGAGUUCCUUCCUUGGAAUCUUGUCCUCCAACUAGGAAACAGACAAGUGUCGUAGCUCUUGCCUUACUCCCUACUGUACUCUCCUUGUGCCCAUAGUUUCUGGGAUACCUCACUGCCAUCCCUUCCCUACCCCUUACCCAGAUCCUAGGGUACAGGCAGAAAGCUGCAGCGAGGGACACAACCCCUUGCCACACCUGGACACCAGGUGAUAUCAAGGGUCUUUCCAGGUGUGGGCUGGCAAGCAAGUAGCCAAGGUCCUAUAGACCUAGCAGUGGCCUAGGCCAAGCUGGGGCCUUGCUUCACUGGCUGGAGCCUCGGGCAGGGCAGGGCCAGGCCAGGAGGGCCUGGGGACACAGAGGGGACUGCUCCCCACCAUGGUGCUAUUCUGGGGCUGGGGCUGACACCUCCUGGUUCGUCUCUGGCAGCCCCAGUUCCAGCAGAGUUUACUCUGGUGUCCUCCUGAUGGUGUCUCCCCCACUCUGGGAAGGAAGAU